AUGUCGGGAAAGAUUUUAGCUGCAAAAUUCCUAGUUGUCGUAUUCUUUUUGCUGUCAAGCCUUCAGAAAUUUAAUGACUCCGCAAUGUACGAACAAAUGCUUAUAGGAGGAUACAACAACUUUUUUUCAAAAAUUUCCAGUAUUACAGGGGUUUAUUUACCUUUAAGCCCAACUUUUAUUGAGCUGAAUUCAAGAUUUAUUAUCCUUUUAGCAGCUGUCUUGCAAGUUAUUGGCAGUGUACUUGUAUUAGUUGGAAACAAAUAUGGCUCAUAUCUUUUGGCUCUGAUUCUUCUAUCUUAUAAUGUAGUAAUUCACAACCCUGCUCUCUUGAGUGCUCCAGAAGAAAGAGAAACAAAUACAAUGCAGCUUUUACUCAAUUUUGGGUGGAUGGCAGCUCUAUUCUUGGUAAGCGGUGUUGAAGAAGAAAUUGCAAAAGUCAAGACAUCUUAG